AUGGAUGAUAUCUUAAACCGGGCAGGCAUGUUCGACUGCAAACCUCUAUCGACACCUGCAGCUCUCACUCAGGCCGCAUCCCCUACGACUAAACCCUACGAAAACCCCAUGCAAUAUUGCCGACUGGCUGGGGCUCUUCAGUAUCUCACCAUCACUCGGCCGGAUCAUUCCUACGCCAUCAAUCGGCUAUGGCUUAAGCUUAUGGCGUCACCGACUUCGGACAUCCACGCCUACUCCGAUUCUGACUGGGCUGGGUGUCCUAUCAACAGGAAAUCAACUAGUGGGUAUGCUGUCUUUCUUGGUUCGAAUCUCAUUUCUUGGGUAUCUCGCAAGCAGCAUACUGUGGCGCGCUCAUCUACCGAAGCUGAGUAUAAGGGUUUUGCUGAUGUGGCGGCUGAAGUCACAUGGGUCGUAUCUCUUCUCUGGGAACUAGGACUGCAUUCUAGGUCUCCUGCAACGUUAUGGUGUGACAAUCUCGGCGCGACCUAUAUGUGUGCUAACCCGGAUUUUCACGCCAGGACUAAACAUGUGGAAAUCGAUUAUCACUUUGACCGGGACAAAGUUGCGUCAAGGGACUUCCUAGUGAACUUUUUUUCAACUAAAGACCAGCUGGUUGACAUCUUCACGAAGCCUCUACCUGUGGCUCGGUUCACCACUUUGCGAGACAAGCUCAACGUUGAGUCUCCACCCCCUUGUGCUUGA